GAUAUCGCGAGAACUGAGCUGCGCCUGACGGUUGGCCUGGACGCAGGAGCGUAAACACACGGAAACAACAAGAGGACGAGUUUCGACGUUACGUCCUGCCGUGUAUCAGAAUGGUGUGUGUGUGGUGUGUGGAGGGUCGCCUGAGGACAUUGACCUUUGCCCUCUGCUCCAUGCUGACCUUUUCCCCUGGACAUGCCUACAUCUACGUGCACCUGAAUAACAUGAGCUCCAUGCUGUUAGAGGACUGGCCGGCUCUGUUCGGGUCUCCUCUGCCCCGGGACGGCCUGAUGGGUUAUCUGGUCGAGUCUCGUCCUCUGAAUGCCUGCUCUCCGAUAGAUCCGCCUCCCGUCCCUCCCACUUCUUCAGAUCCCAACAGCACCAUGGGCUUCGUGGUUCUGAUCCGCCGCUACGACUGCAACUUCGACAUCAAGGUGCUGCAUGCUCAGCAGGCCGGGUACAGCGCCGCCAUCGUCCACAACGUUUACUCAGACGUCCUACUGAGCAUGAACUACAGCAACGAAACGAUAGCUGAAGAGAUCGAGAUCCCGUCGGUGUUCACCAGCUACUCCGCCUCCAAAAUCCUGCACAGUUUCAUCAAACAGGACCGGGGAGCCUACGUGAUCCUGAAGCCUGACUUCUCCUUCCCCAUCACCUUCUACCUCAUCCCCUUCACCGGCAUCGUGGGCCUGAUCAUCAUCGUCAUGGUCAUUAUACUGGUGGUGCGGUGUGUACAGUACAGGAAGAGACUGAGGAAGAACAGACUGUCAAAAGAGCAGCUGAAGAAAAUCCCCAUUCACAAAUUCACUAAAGCUCUGACUGCAGCCAGGAUGUCCAUCAUCAAGAUCCACGCUCGUGAGAUCCUCGACUCCAGGGGGAACCCCACAGUGGAGGUCGACCUUUACACAGAGAAAGGGCGUUUCAGGGCUGCGGUCCCCAGCGGCGCCUCCACGGGUGUUCAUGAGGCUCUGGAGCUGAGAGACGGAGACAAAACUCGCUACCUGGGCAAAGGUGUGACUAAAGCUGUUGAUCAUGUGAACAAGGACAUCGUCCCCAAGCUGCUGGAGCAAAAGCUGAGUGUCGUCGACCAGGAGAAGAUCGAUAAGCUCAUGCUGGAGCUCGAUGGCACCGAGAACAAAUCUAAGUUUGGUGCUAACGCUAUCCUGGGUGUGUCUCUGGCGGUGUGUAAGGCUGGUGCGGCGGAGAAAGGCGUUCCUCUCUUCCGCCACAUCGCUGACCUCGCUGGCAACGCCGAUGUCAUUCUGCCCGUUCCUGCGUUCAACGUGAUUAAUGGUGGCUCUCAUGCUGGGAAUAAACUGGCCAUGCAGGAGUUCAUGAUUCUUCCCGUCGGGGCAGCGAACUUCCGCGAGGCCAUGCGCAUUGGCGCUGAGGUUUAUCACAACCUCAAGAGCGUCAUCAAGGGCAAAUACGGAAAAGACGCCACCAACGUAGGAGACGAGGGCGGAUUCGCCCCCAACAUCCUGGAGAACAACGAGGCUCUGGAGCUGCUGAAGUCAGCCAUUGAGAAAGCCGGCUACUCAGAUAAGAUCAUCAUUGGCAUGGACGUCGCUGCCUCUGAGUUCUACAGGAACGGAAAAUACGACCUGGACUUCAAAUCCCCCGAUGAUCCCAAACGCCACAUCACUGGUGACCAGCUCGGAGAUCUGUACAAGAGCUUCAUCAAAAAUUACCCAGUCCAGUCCAUUGAGGACCCCUUCGACCAGGACGACUGGGAAAACUGGACGAAGUUCACCAGUUCUGUGGACAUCCAGAUUGUGGGGGACGACUUGACAGUGACAAACCCCAAACGCAUUCAGCAGGCUGUGGAGAAGAAAGCCUGCAACUGUCUGCUGCUCAAAGUUAACCAGAUUGGCUCAGUCACUGAAUCCAUUCAGGCAUGCAAACUGGCUCAGCAGAAUGGAUGGGGUGUGAUGGUCAGCCAUCGCUCUGGAGAGACUGAAGACACCUUCAUCGCUGAUCUGGUGGUUGGACUCUGCACAGGACAGAUUAAGACCGGCGCCCCCUGUAGGUCAGAACGUUUGGCCAAAUACAACCAGCUGAUGAGAAUUGAGGAGCAGUUGGGAGACAAGGCCAAGUUUGCAGGGAAAGAUUUCCGUCAUCCCAAAGUGAACUGAUCGGCGAGGAGCCGAGUCGCCACCUGUCUCGAACACUCGCAUUAAACAUUCGUAUUUCUUUAAAACUUUUUAUACUGAGGCUCAGUGUGAGGUCGAGUCCUGCAGUUACACACAUUUUAUCAGAAUGUCAAAGACAUGAAAAUGAAUAAAGACUUUUCCUGAACAAA